GCAGGAGUCUGGUUGUCAAACAAACAUUAGCAUCAUUAUGUCAGAUCAAAGUGAGUCCAGCAGUACAGGAGACAAUCUGCUGCAAACACCUGAACAGGAGCAUGGCUUAACAAGACCCAGACAGUUGGCGCCUGGUCAUAUACGCAAAUUGGGGGUGACGAGAAAAUUGCGAGAAAGGAGGGAUUUGAAAGAAGAUGAAGACCCAGAAGAGAAAGCACGGAGACACAAAGAGUUUGAGCUGAAGCCUCUUUAUAAAGAGCUGUUGUACACCAUCGCUCAUAAGAUGGGUAAAGCGACGUCAGCUGAAGUGUUCACAGACAGCCAGCUCCACCAGUACAUACAGGAGGCUUUCACAAUGACAGAGUCGGAGCACAGCAGCCUGACGGAAAAAGUACAGAGCACAGAGCCUCCAGUAUACUGCCUCAUGGCCACUCUAAAGGAAGCAAAGGGAAUCUUGGGAAAAGACGUCAGUGGUUUCAGUGACCCAUACUGCCUUCUGACCAUAAUGGAGGACGAGGAGGAGAGUCGAACACGGCGCUCCCGAGCCAAACCCUGUAAAUCUAUAGUAAAAGAUGCUGUGUCUGAUGACAAACUCUACCAGUCAGACAUAAAGAAGCAGACUCUCAACCCCAUCUGGAACCAAACCUUUGUAAUGGAGUUUGGAGACAUGGUUGGUGCAAGCUUCCAUCUCGAGAUGUGGGAUAAGGACGAAGAGGUUUCACUCACUCAGAAACUAGAGGAGAUCAAAACCAACUUUAACAGUUUAAGAAGGAUGAUCAAGGAGGCCAAAAAGGAGAAAGGCACAGAUGACUUUUUGGGAAAGGUUGUCCUAAAACUACAGGAUCUCCACUGUACAGAAGACAACUGGUACAAUCUGGAACCCAGAACAGAGACGUAUCCUGAUCGUGGCCAGUGCCAUCUGAAUCUCAAGUUCAUCCAUAAAGCGAGAGAUGGGACACUGAGCGCUGGUCGUAAUGCUUACAUCAACUACUGUGGGAUCCUGCAGCAGUUCGUUCAGGCUUACAUCUCCAAGCAACAGAGUUCUGCUCCAUGGAAAGGGGACCUGUGUGGUGAGGCUCAGACCCUGCUGGAGCUCUAUGCUACUCAGAAUGACCUCUCGCCUUUUCUUCAAGACCUUGCGAAGUGGGUGGCUUACAGCAAGCUCUACCAGAGCCUAGAGGUGGACUCGUCUGUGCUGCUCCAGCAGCUCACCAGUAUAGAGUACCACUGGCACCAGCAGGAGCUGCCGUACCAACAGAAACAGGAACUCGGGGACUCUCUUCAUGGUUUCCUGCAGUACGGACUCUGUCUGGUGGCCAAAUACAGAGACAUCUUCCCCCCAACUCCCCGUGACACUCCGAAACUACACACACUGCUCAGAAUCUUAGUCCAGAUCUGUAAGACUCGGGCGUUUCAGAAACUGAACCCAGCUCAUUUUGAGUUACAUGAUGCGGUCAGUGAUGCCAUACAGACAGGAACAGAGGAGUGGUUUACCAUCAAAAAGGGUUUACAUCAGCCAAUGACUAAGGAGCUGUCAGAGAUUGUGAGUGCCCUCUCCAGGUUGAUUGUGGAAGUGCAGGAAGACAUAAAACACAACAAAGAUGCCUGGAAUCGAGUAUUUGUCAGUGCUGUGCAAGUGGAUGUGUUCACUGUCGUCUAUAAGAGAUUUGACUCCCUGCUCGCCAAGGAAGUGAGGGAAACCUUAUCUCUGGUUGAGGGUCAGAUGGAGCAGGCUCUGGCCAGCAGCCUGUUCCCUGUUUACCUGAGCCUGCAGCUCAUCCACAAAGACAAGGCUUUCUUACAGAAAAGGGGAUUACUUGAGUUGACAAACUUCCAAGAGGGCUUCAGAGAAGCUCUGCCUUACUGGUUGAACCAGGCGUUCAGCACAACUCAAGACAGAGUGGAGAGGGCUGUGCAGGUGGACCAGCUCCAGCCCCUGCAGUCUGGAGCCGUCCCCAUAAAACACAGUUCCUCAGCGGUGGACCUUGUUGCAUGUAUCCAACCCAUCUGCCAGCUGUGGGAGCAGCUGUCCUGGCCUGACCCCGAGGAGGCCUUCAUGCUCAUGGUCAAACUCACUGAGGAUGUGUGUAAGAUUGUGGUGAACUACUGUCACAUCCUGAAGGAGAGGGUCAGGGUGCUGUCUGAGAACUCCGACCACGGCAGCGCCAUCAACAUGUUAUGUGUGGUGGUGAAUGACUUGGAACACUUGCGGUCAGUGCUGACCCGACUUCCCACACAGCUGAACUGGGCAGGUCUUCGAGAUCGGACCCAAACUGUGAUAGGAGAAAGCCAGUUCCACAACACACUGCCCUCACAGCUGCAGCAAGCUCAGAGCGUCCUCAGCCGAGAGAUUCGCUCUGCUUUAGACACUCUUGGGAAAAAGUUAAACACAGACAUUGAAACUCAUGUCCGCAGCAUGUCAACCAGGCGGAGGAUUCCAUCCAAGUCCACAGAGGAUGCUGCAGCCCCUCUGAUGCGCUACCUGGAGCAAGAGCUACAUUAUAUGAAUGAAAACCUGGUUCAAGAGAACUUCAACAGUCUCCUGACUCCUUUGUGGAAUAACUCAGUGAAGAUCAUCCACCAAGUGGCUACUCAGACUCCACAGCAAGAAGGAUUCAUGGUGUUCUGCCAUAGACUUCUGUAUACACUGCAGUGUCUGGAGCAAUGCUUCCACGCUGAGGGAAAUGGGCUCCCUCUGAAAGAACUCCACUCUGAUGAGUACAAGACUCUCAAAGCUCACCUGACUCACAACUCUCUGAGCAGCAGGCAGCUUGUGGAGAAGUUCCUUGAAAGGAAGAUAUCAGAGCAGAGAGAUUACAGUGGAGAGAAAUAUGGUGCAGUCACCCUCCUCACGUCCUACAGGAGAUCAGACCAAAGACUCAGAGUUGAGGUGUUGAAUGCAGUCAAGCUGUUACCAAUGGACUCAAAUGGUUUAAGCGACCCAUUUGUGCAGCUGUGUUUGGAGCCUUACCACGUCUUCCCUGAGGUCGAGCCUCGCUGCACUCAGAUCAAAAGGAAUGAUCUCAAUCCCCUUUUUGAUGAAGCUUUUGAAUUUCUGGUAUCCCUGGAGCAGUGCCAGGCUCCAGGGGCUUGCCUGGUGGUGACGGUUCUGGACUAUGAUACCUUAAUGACAGAUGACUUUGAAGGCGAGGCCUUUCUGGCUCUCAAGAACAUACCAGGAGUUGGAGAGCAGCCAGACACUCCUGAUCAGAAGCGACUGCCCCUGAUGCAUCCUAAACCUAACGAGGACAGCAUUCUGAAGCUCCUGGAGUCGAGGAGAGGAGAGCGGGAGGCUCAGGCCUACGUGAAGAAGAGGAGGCAGAGAGAGAGACAGUCCCAGGAGGGGAUUCAACCGUAACAAACACACAGACAGCCAUCUUCGU